AUCGGUAUUACAGUUUCCUUUAAAUUUUUUUUUGAUACAGACAGGUGGUCUCAAAAGCAACAAGUUGUCAAUAAUAAUCUAACUGGGAAGUCCUUGAAAAGCUCCUGAAAGCUGGACGGGCGUUUCAGGUCCCGGACGCGAAUUAAAACAAUGGUGCCAAUGUCAUGGGUUUGAUAUCUGAGUCGCGAUAAGCUUCCAUUUUUAGUAUAACACCUUAUCCAUUACCAGUUAAAGCUAAUUUCGACUAAAUCGCCAUGGAUUACGAUUAUUUAAUCAAAUUUUUAGCGCUCGGCGAUUCGGGAGUUGGAAAAACGAGCUUUUUGUAUCAAUACACCGAUGGUGUUUUUAAUGCAAGAUUUAUUUCAACGGUCGGAAUUGAUUUUAAAGAGAAAAGAAUGCUUUAUCAAUCGAAAGGAAGAACCCAUAGGGUUCAUUUACAACUUUGGGACACAGCAGGACAAGAAAGAUUUCGAAGCUUAACAACAGCUUUUUAUAGAGACGCGAUGGGUUUUAUAUUAAUCUUUGAUUUAACCAGCGAACAAAGCUUUUUAGAAAUAAGAAAUUGGGUCGAACAACUCAAAUUACACGCAUAUUGUGACGCCCCUGAUGUGAUUUUAUGCGGAAAUAAAGCCGAUUUAGAGGAUAGGAGGGUAAUCCCAGAAUGGAAAGCGAGAGAAGUCGCUGAAAAACACAAUUUAAUUUAUUUAGAAACUAGCGCAGCUACAGGUCAAAACGUUUCGAGAGCCGUUGAAACCCUUUUAGAACGAGUUAUGAUAAGAAUGGAGUCGGCUGUGGAUAUGGCAAUGCUUCCAGGUCGGCGAGGAAGACCUCGAGAUCCAAAUGAUCCCGAUUUAAAUCUUUCUCAACAUUCCCAACAAUGCGCAUGUCGAUAAAUACAUAUAUGUUUCAAAAUCAAAUAUUUAAUUUAUUAAUGUUAUUAAAAAUAAAGUAAUAUCUUUGAAUGUUA